AUAUAUCUCACGCGAAAGCUAAAGCCUAUUCAAUUGAAAUGCUCGGACGCCGCAAGCACCGCGGGCGCGGCAGUGCUCCGCGUUCAUUGGAGCGCGAGUGGUGCGGUACGGGACUAUAUAAAUGGCACGUAAGCUGCUCGCGCGCGACAUUUCACAUUGAGCAUGGGGAGCGUCACGUUUUGCAUUGCGUAAAAGGAUAAUGCGGCUGUAACCUAACCUUGUUCGGAUCGCAACUUUCAAUUUUGAUAAUUAAUUUAUAUAAAAUAAGACAAAUCGUUCCAGGAGUCAAUUUUUUUGAUUUUUUAUAAUACACGGAUAACAAAUCGAAAAAACAUACAUUCAUAGUAUUCAUUUUUACUUUAAUUAGACUUUUAGAAAGACGAAAAGAGAAGUCUUAACCUAAUAAAGCUAAUCGGAGAUCGGCCGUAAUUCUUAUAAAUUUUUCUUGGACGCCUCUACUUCGCAGCCAAUCACAACAGUGACAUGAAUCGUAUGAUCACGUCUGAAGUACGUUUUGAAGUGUGCAUUCUCUAAACACGCAUUUCAUGCCGUAACAGAUGUUAAAGGUUAAAGUUGUUAUUGUCACAUGUAAAGGUAUUGCGCGCCAAAUGAAUCUGCUAAGACGUGAUAAUGUUUGAGUCACGAUAAUCCUCGAAAGUCGAAAGCUAUUAGAUAAAUCAAGCGACGCGGUAGUAUCGCGACGUGAAUAUAAGUUAUUACAUCUCGACGUGUCAGAGGGUCUCGACAUGAAUAGGGAUACAGAUUUUGCCGGUGCAAAUGUACAGCGUGUUACGCUAAAUUCAAAGGACGAUAAGAAUAACAUUUUGAUUGCUUAUCAUACUCUGAAAUUUUCAAAGAAGAAUAAAGACUGCUUCGACGUUGCAGACAUCGAACGCAGGUCUCUUAUCGUGAAGCAUAUGACAACGAGGUUAUUUAAUUCGGAAGAUACGGCGGCUGUGUUGCUUCAAAGGGGUUUUGAAGACUAUCAUGCACUAAUAAAAGACAAGAACGGAGUAAACAAUUACUGGAAACAGAUUAAAUCUCAACUGUCAGAUGUGAAAAAUGAUCCGUUGAAGUGGAAGUCGAAGUUAGAGGAUGAGGAUGCCACGUUGAAUUUUAUAAGACCUCUGACUUGUCAGAAGCUCAAUACUUUACCCUGCAAACAGAGAUCUUACAAUGAUAGAGAUAUAGAAAAAAUAAUGAAUAGCGUUAAGAAGAAGGAUAUGAGAGUAAGAAAUAGAAAAGUCUCUUCGCAGUUACAAGCAUCUUCUAGUCCAAAUUCGAGUCAAGAGCUUUCAUUGAAGCCCAAUAACAGUGAACAAAAUGUAUCUACGUAUUUCGCGAAUAUUCCCAGAAAUGAUAGCUUUAGUAAGCAUGUAAGUUACACCAAGCAGACUGUACCCAAGGUACAAACGAAUAGUCAAUCUUCCUAUCAGAAUUUGGACAGAUUUGUGCAAAAAGUGCCUCCUAAAUUAAGCAAUAACGAUAUGAAUGGUAGGAACUCGUACAGACCGAUAAAUUCACUGCAAUUAAAGCCAGCUGCUCCUCCACAGUCCAGCAGCGAAGACACUAAAACGCAAAAGGUCCCUCUCGAGGCCUUUAGGAGCGCCCGCGACGAAUUGUACAUCCAGGAGAUGAAGAGGAACAAGUCGGCGCCGAAGAAGACUUUGGGCGGUCGUACAGCGGCGAAUUCUCAAUUCGUCUGUCCGUUCAAACGCGAUAAGGACGAGUCGGCGCAAAGUUACAACACGUCGCAAGGAAAAGCGAGCGAGGAAGUGGAGGACGAGAGGUUGAAGAACAUCGACCCGAACAUGAUCGAGAUGAUAAAAAACGAGAUCAUGGAUUCGGGUAAAACGAUAACGUGGGACGACAUCGCUGGGCUCGACGGCAUCAAGAAGAUCGUCAAGGAGGUGGUGGUGUUCCCCAUGUUGCGGCCGGACAUCUUCACGGGUCUCCGCCGUCCGCCCAAGGGGAUCUUGCUGUUCGGCCCGCCCGGCACGGGAAAGACCCUCAUCGGCAAGUGCAUAGCUUCGCAGAGCAAGUCCACGUUCUUCUCCAUUUCAGCGAGCUCCCUGACCUCCAAGUGGAUCGGCGACUGCGAGAAGAUGGUGCGCGCGCUGUUCGCGGUGGCCAAGGUCUAUCAGCCGUCCGUAAUCUUCAUCGACGAGAUCGACUCGCUGCUGACGCAGCGCUCGGAGACGGAGCACGAGUCCUCCAGGCGGCUGAAGACGGAGUUUCUGGUGCAGCUGGACGGCGCGGCGACGUCCGAGGACGAUCGCAUUCUGAUCGUCGGUGCGACCAAUCGGCCGCAAGAGCUGGACGAGGCGGCGAGGAGGCGUCUCGUCAAGAGACUGUACGUUCCUCUGCCGGAGCUCGAGGCGCGCAAGCAGAUAAUAGUUAAUUUAUUGAAAUCUGUGGAUCACCAUCUUAUCGAGGAGGAUAUCGCGACGAUCGCGGACAAGACGGCCGGAUAUUCCGGCGCCGACAUGACGAAUCUCUGCAAGGAAGCGAGCAUGGAGCCGAUCCGGAGUAUCUCUUUCAGUCAACUCGAAAAUAUAAGGAUGGAAGAAGUGAGGCACAUAACGAAUCGUGACUUCGAGCAGGCGCUGAUCAACGUGCGACCCAGCGUGUCUCAGUCGGAUUUGAACAUUUACAUCGAAUGGGAUCGCACUUAUGGAUCUGGUACCGCUCAGGGUUUUAAGACCUAAUGUAAUAUGCAAAUAAAUUUAUUCUUUAUAUUGUACAAA